UGGAACCUGCAGAGAGGAAAGAGCAGUUCUUUCUCUGCCACAUGAUCACACACGACUGUCCAAUACAAUAUGAGGAAACUAACUCUUGCUCUCUUCUUUGCUGUGUAUAUCUGCUCUGUAGCAGUUCACAGCAGGAUCAGGCAGAAGAGAACCUGGAUCAUUGACAGCUUCAACAUUGAAGAAGAAAACCCCGGCCCUUUCCCUUAUUUGUUGGGGACGAUUGAACUGGACAGAAAAUAUUUGGUCAACUUUAGGCUGCAUGGUAGUGGUGUUGAUAAAGAGCCCAAAGAGGUUCUGAAAAUCAAUCAAAGAAAUGGCCAGAUUUGGGUGCAUAAGAAGGUGGACUACGAGACUCUUCAAUUGCUCCAGUUAACAUUUGAAGCAACAAAUGUCUCCAAUAACCAAGUGGACACAAGGCUCGGGGUUGAGGUCAGGAUCCUGGACAUUAAUGACCACGCCCCAGUCUUUAGUCCACCUCACUAUCAGGCUACUGUGGAUGAGUCUACAGCUCAAGGUCAGGUAGUAGCAACAAUGAAUGUCACAGAUAAGGAUGACUCACAAACUCCAAAUGGAACCUUCUCCUUCAAUAUCAUCUCUGUUACUCCCAAAACGGACAACGUGGAGUUUUUCCUUGAGCCGACUGGAGCAUCGAUUACAGGAAUUUUUUUUCGAGGAUGUUUGGACUAUGAGAAGGCAAACACAUAUACCAUUGUGGUGGAAGCCAAGGAUCAUGGAGAUAAAGUGCAGCUCUCCAGCACAAGUACUGUGACAAUGAACAUUAUUGACAAGAAUAAUCACUUCCCAGAGAUCACAGGUCAAACAGGCCCUGGUAGGGUAAAGGAACGAGACAGCGGAGUGGAAGUCCUGCGCGUGCAAGUAGCUGAUAAAGACAGUCCAGGUUCACAAGCCUGGAAAGCUAAAUACACAAUUCAUGGAGAUAAGGAAAAAUAUUUCAAAAUAGAGACGGACCCCAAAACUAAUGAAGGAGUGAUAACAGUUCUAAAGGCAAUGGAUUACGAGGAGCAAACUUCAAGAAAUGUGUCAAUCAGUGUUGCAAAUGAGGUGCCAUAUUUCUCCUGUGAGAUCACCGGACGUCCUGCUAAGAGAUUAUGGGAUGUAAAGACCUUCAAUGAGGGGCCUGGCAAAAGUUUGCCAGGCUUCCCUAAGUUGUAUCCUGUCAGCAUUGCUGUGGAGGACGUGAACGACCCUCCAGAGUUUGUACCACCUGUUAGAAAAGUGGGGAUCAUGGAGAACACCAAACUAGGAACCCACUUGUGCACUCUUGAAGCCAAAGACCCUGAUAAAACCUUUUCCAGCAAGUUUCAUUUUACCAAAGGAGUAGAUGUAGAUAACUGGAUAACUGUAGAUCCAGAAACUGGGGAAGUGUUCACAGCAAAGGUUCUGGACAGAGAAUCACCCUUGUUGAAGAACAGUUCCUACAGUGUGAUCCUCUAUGUUGUGGAUAAUGGUGAGCCUCCUAUGACAGGGACAGGAACCUUGAUCAUUCAAGUGGGAGAUCUGAAUGAUAAUCUGCCCAUACUUGAGGUGAACACACUGGGUAUGUGUUUAUUGGACAAGGCCACUAUGACAAACAUCACUGCUGUGGAUCUGGACCUGCCUCCAUACAGCAGCCCCUUCACCUACGAGCUCCUGGGGGAUGUUAAAGGGAAAUGGAGUAUUGACCCCACCAGGGGGACAACUGUGCACCUGGUGAAAGAGAACACUGUCUAUUCAGGUGUUCACGAGCUUCGGAUCAAAGUAUCAGACAACCAGGGCCUUUCCCUGACACAGAACCUCUCAGUCACUGUGUGUGACUGCACCAGCACACCAAACUGCCAUCUACGCAGAUCUUCAGGUGCCCAGGUGGGCAGCGCUGCUGUCAGCAUCAUGAUUUUCACGUUUCUUCUUCUUCUAGGUACGGUUGAGCUAUUUACAGAGUUUUAGUGACUACAAUGAGCAGGUUAAAGUUUAAUGGCUGGUUAACGUACCAUUUUCUCUUCAGUUUCAAGACGCAAUAUGCCUAUAGAUUGGUGUACCUGCUGUAUUUCUGACUGUAUUCCCAGCUAACAAAAAUAGGUCCCGAGGACGUCCCCCGGACGUUUUUUUUGUAGGGUCACCAAAAUGGUACAAGGGACAUUCUUGGAGGAUGUUUGUAGGACCACUCAGAAACAUACAGAGGACUAUGAUGAGAGGUUUAUGGAAAGUCCUUUAAAUGUCUCAUUGGAUGUUCUUAUAGGACAUUUGUAGGACCAUCAGGGAAUAUCCAGAGUAUUAUAAGGGGAUAUUUAUGGCAUGUCCUUUAAUCGCUUCUUGUGUUUUAAAUUGUCUAUUUUACUGCUAAAGCAAUAUAAAUGUUAUUAAGUUUGUAAACUGUGCCAUAAAAUGGGGAAUAAAAUGAACACAUAAGAGGU